GAGAGUUGCAGUAAAAACGCUUCUGUUUUCAUGCUGCUCUGAGGAUGAUUCGCGUUGAUGUACGACCUGUUUGUAAACGUUCAUUAAUGUUCACCAGCGUUUAUUAGAGUUGACCGGUGUUGAUUUAGGAGUCUGUGAGUUGGUCGCAGGUGUGUUUUUUGUGCCCGGAUGGUAAAGAAGCGCAUCUUCAGGCUUUUGUUCGUUUUUUUUGGAGUUCAGAUUAAACCAUCUGCAGAUUCACCCUCACUUCUGAACAUCUGGCUGAACAGCAUUUCGGAGCUUUAACUUCAUAUUCACCUACAGCCUUCAUCAUUAUCAUCAUUAUCAUCUGAUCAGUGUGGAUCCUCCUACUACAGCCGGAACACAAAUUCACUUUCACUCCGGAGGAGGAGGAGGAGGGGGACCUGCUGCUGCUGUUUCUGAGGAUUAAACACUUCAGAUCGUCUAAUCAGACACCAACUCAAGCGACUAUACUUUUCUCCAGCAGAGACCUUCACCUGGACUUGAAUGCAUGCUGUACUCUGAGCCAAACUGACACACGAACGCUCUCUCUGGUAAAACAUGGAGCCUUCUGCUGAUGCUCAAACAGAUCCUGAAAAAACAUUGCACCAUGCAGAGAACAGAGAGCAGCCUGCCCCCUCAGCUGCUGUGAUGCCUGGAGAUGAUGCAGCACUUCUGACGCCGGUGAGGAUGACUCAGCGUGGGAAAGAAACGGGAAUACACACCCCCAACAAAGACCUCCUCUUGACCCCCUCCCUCAGCCCAGGGGUCAGCACACACGGUUUUGAGCGAAAGGAAGAAAUCUUACCUCUGAAAGAAGACUCUUCACUCUCCAUAUCAAAAAGCAAAUCUGAGACCAAACUCUAUAAUGGAUCAGAUAAAGAUGUUUCAGCCUCUGGGAACAAACUCACCAAGAAAGAGUCUCUUAAGGUACAGAAGAAAAACUACAGGGAGGAGAAAAAGCGAGCGACUAAAGAGCUCCUGAGCACCAUCACUGAUCCAUCUGUUAUUGUCAUGGCCGACUGGCUCAAGAUCCGCGGUACUCUGAAGAGCUGGACGAAGCUGUGGUGUGUGUUGAAGCCCGGCGUAUUACUGAUCUAUAAGACGCAUAAGAAUGGGCAGUGGGUGGGCACCGUGCUGCUGAGUGCCUGUGAGCUUAUCGAGAGACCCUCAAAGAAGGACGGAUUUUGCUUCAAACUGUUUCACCCACUGGAGCAGUCUAUAUGGGCCGUGAAGGGCCCUAAAGGAGAAGCUGUUGGCUCCAUCACGCAGCCACUGCCCAGCAGUCACCUCAUCUUCCGUGCUGCCUCUGAAUCUGACGGCCGUUGCUGGAUGGACGCUCUGGAGCUGGCUCUGAAGUGUUCCAGCCUGCUGAAGAGGACGAUGAUCCGGGAGGGAAAAGAAGAACCUGCAGCUGCCACAGAAACCUCACACACGCACACACACAUCAACUUCUACAGCCUUCUCAGAGCACACAACAUGCAGGGCUUCCAGUUCACUGAUGGUGAGCAGUUUAAGGAUGUGGACCUGUACUCAGAUAAAUCAGACAGAGAGAACGAGCAGGAGGAGAACGAGUGGGAGAAGAGUGAAGAGAGCGACAGCGACACCAGUGACCGACAGGACGACUCAUAUGCUGACCUGGAGCCCAGCGAGAACCUGAGGGAAACAAUCUACGUUCAGCAGAGCCACGAGGAGCUGGGCGAGGCUGGUGAAGCGUCUCAGACUGAGACCGUCUCAGAGGAGAAUAAAUCUCUGAUCUGGACACUGCUGAAACAGGUACGGCCGGGGAUGGACCUAUCUAAAGUCGUUCUGCCCACCUUCAUCCUAGAGCCGCGGUCGUUCCUGGAUAAACUGUCUGAUUACUACUUCCAUGCUGACUUCCUGUCCGAAGCUGCCGUGGAGGAGAAUGCAUAUAACCGCAUGAAGAAGGUGGUGAAGUGGUACAUCUCUGGAUUCUACAAAAAGCCAAAGGGUCUGAAGAAGCCAUACAACCCCAUCAUCGGAGAAAUGUUUCGCUGCAUGUGGAUUCACCCUAAAACCAACAGCAAAACCUUUUACAUAGCAGAACAGGUUUCCCAUCAUCCACCAGUCUCUGCCUUCUAUGUUAGUAACAGGAAGGACGGGUUCUGUCUGAGCGGCAGCAUUCUGGCCAAAUCCAAGUUCUACGGAAACUCUCUGUCAGCCAUUUUGGACGGUGAAGCCAGACUGACCUUCCUGAACAGAGGAGAAGAUUACAUCAUGAACAUGCCAUACGCCCACUGCAAGGGUAUUCUGUACGGUACAAUGACUCUGGAGCUGGCAGGCCAGGUGUCCAUCACCUGUGAGAAAACAGGAUACAGUGCCCAGCUGGAGUUCAAACUGAAGCCAUUCCUGGGUAGUAGUGACAGUGUUAAUCAGAUCAGUGGGAAGAUUAAACUGGGGAAGGAAGUGCUGGCUACAAUGGAGGGACACUGGGAUUGUGAGAUCUUUAUAAACGAUAAGAAGACGGGUGUGGUGGAGACAUUUUGGAACCCGACGCCAGAACUACGGCAGAGUCGUCUCACCCGUUGUACCGUCCCACAUGAGGAACAGGGCGAAUUUGAGUCUGAGAGAUUGUGGCAGCAUGUGACAAGGGCCAUAAACAAUAAGGACCAGACAGAGGCCACCAAUGAGAAGUUCAUUCUGGAGGAGGCUCAGAGGAAAUCGGCCCGUGAAAGGAAGGCAAAGUGUGAAGAGUGGGCUCCAGCACUGUUUGAGCAAGACCCAGGCACAGGAGAGUGGCAUUACAGAUAUGCAGAUACUCGUCCAUGGGAUCCGCUGAAUGAUCUGAUCCAGUUUGAGAAAGAUGGCUGUAUUCAGACUAAAGUUCGUCACAGGACUCCUAUGGUACGUUCAGCCAGUGUAGUUAGUCUCAGUGCCCAGCAGGGCGCCCGGAGGGACAAUUACCUGAGCCAGGUAACGGGACCAAAACGGAAGCACAAACAGAAUGAUAAGCCCAAAAACCCAGAAAGUGGCUGCUCCUCUCCGGAACCGGAUCGACAGGACUCGUCUGGCAGUGAGAGGCACAAGAGUAAACCCAGCAAUCGCCUGAGGAAAAAAGCUCCAGAACUUUCUGAACUUCAGAGCGCAGUGGAGUCCAUCAGACACACACAGGAGGAGAUCAACAGGAGUAUCAGUGCUCUGAGGAGUCGAGUGUCGGUUCAGUCUGAGCCCAGCUCCUUCCUCACUCAGAGAGAUUAUGCCAUCAUCCUCUUCCUCAUCAGCGCACAGAUCAUCCUCACCAUCAUCUUCAAAUAAACUUAAAUUCAGGAUUAAAGACUAAAACUCAUCUUCAGAUCGAGUCUGCAGAUUAAUCCUGAGCACAAACUCAGGAUUAAGGACUGAAUCGGAACUGGACAUCACUCCGUCCAUCGCUCUCUCACUGUUGACCUCUAAACGCCUCCACUUUAACUGAUUUAUUUUUUUUUUUUACACUCUGAAGGAUCCUGAAUUUUAGAAAGAGGUGCUCGAGGACGGCCAGCAGGUGAAGUGCAUUUUAUGGACUGCACAGGAAAGGUGAAAGCCGUUGGAAUGAAAAGCACCAAGUUUUACUUUAUUCUUUUUAUUAUUAUUUUAAAGAGUGCUUGUUCCUACUGCUGUGAGUGUGCGUGCGUGUGUGCAUGCAUGUGUGCGCGUGUGUGUGCGUGCAUAUGUAAGAGCUUAAACUGUCUUCUCCAAAAAAAGCAUAAGAAAAAAAGAAAAUGAAACGGGACUGACAUGUUUGAGGAAAAUUUUAAUUGCAGAUGUGUUUUUUUAAUAAUUAACACAAAUGUAUGGGAACAAUUUCAUCAGUCUUAAUGUUAAUAGAAGUGAAACAGUAUCAAGUCAAUCUACAUUUCAUAUCUGUAGUUUACAGUAGCUGAUAUAGAUAUGUAGAUAUAGAAGUGAAAUAUUACUCUAUAAACAGCAUCAACCUCCAUGCUAAUCUGGCACUAAUUUAGUGUUAGCAUGAGGAACAGCAGUUUUUGGUUUAGGAUUACGAUUAUGGUUUAGAUUUAGGGAUUAGGUUUAGGAUUAGGAUUGAUCCUGCUGUUAGAGUUUAGUAAAGGCUGUAGCAGAACUUCCUGUAGCUUCACCCAUUCUGUUUUAUGUAAAUAUAAUUAAAGCCAAAUAGGCCGUCAGGCUCUGUAGGAACGA